GCAAUUUGAGUCAAGUAUUUUCUUCUCAAUUGAAUUACUGCCCCCACAUUCCUCGCUUGCUGUUUCCUAUCACUUUCUUUCUUUCUCUCUCUCACAAUCACAAUGAACAACAACGCUGGGUAUUCUAAAAUAAGUAGUGCCCACAAAUCAAGAUCUAUAGAUUUCUCAUCAGCUGCCAAUAACGGAGGAGGAGAGAAAUUUGGUGUGAUAUUGGGAAGGACUGGUUCAGUUUCUUCUUCUGGCGGGUUUCUCAAGAAGGCAUUCUCAAUGAGAAGAUCUUCAUCGGUUUCAGAGAGGUACUGUAGGAUCCAUGACCACCAUUACGUGGCAAUAACAUCACCGGAAAGUGAUGUUCCGGUGAGGGCAAAGAAGAAGCACAGUUCUGGAAGGGAAGGAAGCAAGAUCUUUAAAGCUUGUAAGCGUCUUCUUGGACUCUAGUAGUGCUCUUUUGAAACCUACAGAAAUGUUAGAAGAAAAAAAAAAAAAAGAGUCAAAAUUUAUCUUAUUUAGUAUUUAUUAAUUAUCGCAACGAUUAAUAAAUUUUAAAUAAAAUAAGUAAUAAUUAUUUUUGGCUAAUUUUUUUUUAGUUAAUAAACAUUUUCGGAGACGUACCUACAACUUUAUUUAUCAUAUAAUCAUUUCAGUAAUGU